UACUUCAAGGAGUUCGGGCCGACCUUCCGCCUCCGUCUGCCGGGCCAAGGGGACAUCGUGUACCUGUCGCAGCCGAAGGACAUCGAGUGCCUGAUGAGGGCCACGCAGGAGAACCCAAUCAGGCCGUUCCUCAUGUCGCUCAAGAAGGUGCGCCAGCAGACUGCCUUCUUCAGGAAAGGGCAGACGGGGAUCAUCACCGAGCAGGGCGAGGAGUGGUGGCGCGUCCGGCGACGCAUCCAGACCUACUCCAUGAGGCCGAAGGUCGUGGUGCAGUACCUUCCCCAGAUGGACCUUGUGGCGAAGGAGUUUGUUGACAGAAUUGCCAAACUACGUGACGGCGAAAAUGAGCUUCCGGAAAAUUUUGUCGAAGAACUUUUUAAAUGGUCGCUUGAGUCUGUGUGUUUGGUGACCCUCAACCGGCGAAUGGGAUGCCUCGAGGGCCGGCCAGCGGGUCUUAAGAUUAUCGAAACGUCGAGUAAGAUGUUUGAAGCCGUGACAGAUUGCGAAUACGGUGUCCAUUGGUGGAAAUUCAUACCGACUCCUUCGUACCGGAAUCUCAAGGCGUCGCAUGAUAUAAUGUUAGGGCUGGCGAUCGAGGCGGUGAAACACGCACAGGAGACCCUCGCGGCUCGGGGAGAUUCGGAGGGCGAGCUCAAUCUUGUCGAAUCGCUGAUCGGAACUCCGGAUCUAUCGUUCGAAGACGUGGUCACUCAUAUCAUCGAUUUUUUCUUGGCUGCGACUGAUACGACUUCAAUGACAUUCAUCUUCACACUAUACAACCUGGCGCGACACCCACAAGUCCAGGCAAAAUUGCAAGAAGAGCUAGACGAAGUGUUAGGGAGAGACCCCUCAGCCCCUGUGACACCGCAGCAGCUUGCCCGGCUCUCCUAUACGAAGGCCUGUGUUCGGGAGACCCUCAGAGUAUUUGCAGUUGCAGGCUUUGUUAUAAGAGAAUUGCACAAGGACCUUGUUCUCGAUGGCUAUCACGUACCCAAAGGAACAAUCAUCUUCGCAAGCCAGUUCGAAUCGGGAAUGAAUGAAGAGGCUUUUCCCAACCCAGACCAGUUCACGCCCGAGCGGUGGCUUCGCGGGGGCAAGGGACUCUUCCAGCGGUAUAACGUAGACUACAACCACGCUCCUUGGGACCCUGUGUUCAAAACCCUCUUGUUCCCAGACCAGCCGCCGAAAUUCACCGUCACUGAACGCUAG